AUGGCCGCACGAACCCAGACCGAGUACGCGAAGCCCGGCGACAUCCUCCUCGUCGUCCACGGGUUCCAAGCGCGCAGUCCAGAUGAAUUGAGUCUGGCGAAGAACGACCGCAUUGAACUCAUUGAACGCGACGACGACUUUGGCGACGGCUGGUUCUUGGGGAGACACCUGCAGAACGGCGGCAGCGGUCUCUUCCCUGAGGUCUACACCCGCCCAGCACCUCGCACACCACCCAUAGGUGCCUCGCACACACGCCAAACCUCACAGCCCUCCCCAGACCCGCAAGCUCCUCCACCACCCCAGGAACUACCUGCAGCAACACCCCCUGCCCUCGAACCCCCUCGAGCUGUUCCCGAGCCCACCGCCGGCACAGAGUCCGCGCCGGCGGAACUACCGAAUACAGAAACCCCACCUCAGGCCACAACAAGCCCCCUGCAGAUCCCAACCUCUCCUCCAUCUUCCGCGAAGGCCAAUCGUGUCUCGCAACCUUCAGUGAACGCCGCGCGAAGUCUAGGCAUGGCAUUGACGGGAUCAUUGGGAGACCAAGGCAGUCCGGUCAUGAAUGAGACCCUGAGCGUCAUUGAUGAGCACAUUACGGACAUGCACACGCCCCGGCAUAGUCUCGUUGCCAAAGACUUGAGAAGUGGGAAUGAUUCGGGUAGCGAGUACAGCAGCCACCAUCGUCUGUCCUACAUAAACGGCCAUGAAACCGACGAAGAAGAGGAUCAGAACUUGCAUACCGAGGCGGAGGUUAAUUCAUGGACACCUACCCGUGUUGCCGAGUAUCUCGAAGAUGUUGGCGUUGAUAAGAAGCACUGCGAAAUAUUUCAGAAGGAGGAGAUAUCUGGCGAGUUGCUAUUGGCUAUGGAUCAAGCGACCGUCUUUUUGAAGGAAUUCGAUCUUGGUCCGGUCGGGUCUCGGUUACGGACAUGGCUCAAGAUCAAGUCGUUGCAGCAGGAGGUCAAAGCUGCUCGAGAGGGCCAGAGAAGCGUGUCUGAAUUUGUUGAAGAGCCUUCCAAUGACCUACCUCGAAACCGAAGUACCUCUAUGGGCGCCAUACUUCCUCGGAUCCCGAAUCUGAUGGAAGGGUCAGGGUCGAGGACUCCUCCGAAAUCAAGGCAAACCCUUCCACGAGCAAAUUCAUCCAUGGGCCAUGCUGCUACUAUCAUGGAAGCAACAUCUCCUCUGACGAAUGUCACGCCGUCUUCUCCUGGUCCUGGGACUCCGACACGCCCAUCCGCGGCAUCUGUUCGUAGUAUGAACCACAACCGACGCCACUCUUCCAUUGACUACGCAACUCAAGCAGGCCCAGUAGCGUCGGCGCGAUCGCCAGUUCAGACUUCGCACAAGAAAACCCCAUCCUUCGACCGAGGUUGGACCAUGGGGAGUCCGACUCAUCGAAACUCUAACCACGAAAUCCAAAGGCCGUCCUCUUCAGCACACAUGCAUUCCAUCAGCACCGAAGGCGCUGCAUUUGAUAACGCACAGAAAGAAAAUGGUUUCACUACAGCUUCGCCUGCCGAUCUCGAUCGUGGCUACUUUUCGGGGGGAGAAGUGGACAACCGCAAGGCGAGAAACGUGCUGCGGAAGAGAGACAGCCCGGUGCACUCGCGCAAUCCUAGCUACAGCACCGAAACAGGACGGCGGUCAGCUUAUAAUCGGCGCCACAGUAGAAUCGGAAGCACGGAGUCGAUGGUGGAGCCUGCUAGUCCGGUUUCGCCAGCUGCGAGAGCCUACUAUGGUGCAAGUGCAAAGGCGCAUGGGCAGCGCAGUUCAGGCGGCUUCGACUUCGUCCGCCCACUCAAACCAGGAAGCGACCUACCACCAACGGUCACGAAGCUUGAAUAUGGAAAAUCACCAAGCAUAGAUGCAAUCGCAUCACCGCACCUUCCAGACAGCGAAGCCUCGUCUUUCGGGCGAGCUUCGCCAUCGCCGGCAAUACAAACAGAACUAAAAGCAAGCCACUCAUUUUUCGGCAAGAAGAGUCGUGCUGCGGGCCUUCGAGCCAUAUCGGACGCAAUAACAGGCAGCGAGAAAGCCAUGUUCUCAUCUAACAGUGCGAACUCGUCGUCGCCUAUCAAAGAAUCGCCGGUGCACUCUCCCACACGUACUGGGUCCACUACACCAUCUGGGACCUCUAAGAGCUUUGAUUUCGAGCCAGCGGACACGGGCAAGCAGUCUACGGGUAGCUCCGCCGGAGUGUCGGUGGCGCCCGCCAAUAAACGGCGGAAAUCGAAGAAGCAAACGAGCGCAUACCUGCGAGGGCGACAACAGAUCACACCGCAGGAUGCCAUGGUCGGCUGCGACUACAGCGGGUGGAUGAAGAAGAAGUCAUCGAAUUUGAUGACAACAUGGAAACCCCGCCUUUUUGUCCUCCGAGGCCGUCGCCUAUCCUACUUCUACUCGGAGUACGACACAGAAGAAAAGGGCCUAAUAGACAUAUCCUCUCACCGCGUCCUCCCCGCCAACAACGAGCGAAUCGCCAGCCUCCAUGCGACCCUAACCCGUGCAACCUCAUCUCCUUCCUCGCCACAGAAUCCCACCAUCCCUACCACCGCAUCCACCGACGCCGCCUCCGCGAAUGCCAUCGAAGGCGACAUCGCCGGCAUGUUCAUCUUCAAACUCGUCCCACCCCGUAGUGGCCUCCAGAAGGGCGUCCAGUUCACGAAGCCAAUCGUGCACUAUUUCGCCGUCGACAACAUCCAGCAAGGGCGCCUCUGGAUGGCCGCUCUCAUGAAAGCAACCAUCGACCGCGAUGAGAGCGCCACCAUCACCAGCACGUACCAGCAGAAAACCAUCUCGCUCGAGAAGGCCCGUGCGAUGCGGCAGCGGCCGCCAGCGCUGAUGGGCGACGAUGACGAUAUGCUAGAGGCUGACGACGAUGGUGCGAGUAAGCCGAGCAAAGAGGAGAGUUUGGUGGAUGAGGUUAUCCCCAAGGAGGACGAGAAGAAGGGGCUUGCGAUCUCAGGGUUGGAUGAGGCGAAGGCGUUGUUGGACUAUGCGGAGCAUGGCGCUGCGGUUGCUUCGCCGGACGAUGCCAAGUCGGCUGCGGAUACGACAUUAGCGGACGACAUUAGCGGAUGA